UCCCUCGGACACAGCGGAUCACCGAUCCCUGGAAAGAGACGAAGAUGUCGGCUCGGUCAUGUGAGCAGCGGUGUCCAAUCACAGCUGAUCACAUGGGACAUGUACACAGAUCAUCAGAGCACUGAUGAUCAGUGUUCCCUGAUGAUCUGUGUAGUCCCCGCAGUGCCACCUGUUAGUGUCCAUCAGUGCCAGCUCUCAGUGCUCCUCCAUGCCAGCUGCCAGUUCCCAUCAAUGCCACAUAUCAGUGCCCAUCUGAGCUGCCUUUCAGUGCCAGUCAGUGCUACCUAUCAGUGCUGCCAAUCAGUCCCACCUAUCAGUGUUAGUCAGUGCUGCCUAACAGUGCAAGUCAGUGCCGCCUAUCAGUGCCAUAUAUUAGUGCUGCCUUUCAUUGUCCAUCAGUGAUGCCUGUCAAUGCCCAUCAGUGCCACCU